AUGGGAUACUUCCGCCUUGGUAACUUCUUUGCUCUCAUCGGCAUCCUUUUGAUUGGUCCGGCAGCAAUAUCAGGUGCAGCUAUUCCCAUUGUGCCUCAAGCAGAUAGUAACGGUAUCUGUUACAAAGAUGUUGUCCAGGCUGCCGAAACAUGUUCUGUGAUUGCUCAAGCACACUCCAUCACCACGGCUGAUAUUGAAACCUACAACACUCGAGGCUGGGCAUGGAUUGGAUGCGGACAGAUACCGCAGGGCGACUUUAUCUGCCUUAGUACUGGAGAACCCCCAAUGCCAGUUACACUUCCAAAUGCUGUUUGUAGCCACCAGGUGCCUGGAACACCGCGCCCCAACAUCUGGUCUGAACUGGGGUCUUUGAAUCCGUGUCUGGAAAAUGAAUGCUCUUCUUUUUCGGUUCUUUGUGGAACCACUUCGGACUUUUGCACUUCUGCGGCCCAUGUUACUACGGCAUUGUCUAUACCCACCAGUACCCAGCCCAGUACAAUGACAGUCACAUCUACUAGCGCAGCUCAACCUCUUCAGAAAUUUUUGCCUAGAAGAGAGACCCCAAGGUCAAACACCACGACCACUAGGACUACGUCGACCAAAUCAUUCCUAACAAACACGAGCACUAGCACCAGCACCAGCAAAACAAAGACUGUUAAUCCAUGGUUACUCACAGUGUACACCAUGAAGGGCUGCACAGGCGACUACUACGUACUCCAAGAAUACAAUGUGGGCUACUCGAAUACCUGCCUGAACCUGCAUGGAGGUCUAAGCAGCCAAUACACAGAGACGGGUGUCUCCUGCAAAUGGUUUACAAACGGCGGCAACUUCAGCACUAAAUGUGAUGCCGGUGCCCUCGAGAGACCUCAGUCUUGGACAGUAGAGGCCGGUAUCUGCGCUGUUUACAGUGUUGAAGCUUGUAAAGCUGAUCUGUAUUCUAAUGCUUUUACCCCUGUGCCUAAGCAUCCUUGUCAGAAUCCGGGCAAAUUUGAUAUACCGAAAUUACUUUCUAUGAAUGUUGUACUGAGGGUUGAGGUCGAGGGCUUUUGUUGA